GCAAUGUUGUGAAUUGCUAAUAAGAUUGCACACACACACACCGGACCCACUGCACUGACCAUCUUCUCAGGAAUUCACUGAAACCGACACAUUCAUGUCCUCAUACUUUUGGACUCAUUAAAAACCACCAUGGACCUCCACAAAAUCAUCCACGGUGCGUUGCACGAUUUCAUCCAGACUUAUAUUCCCGAUGCAGACCUCAGCAUGCUGGAUGACGUCCUUCUGUCCUACAUCACGGGAGUUCUGGAAGAUUUGGGCUCUCAGCAGAGUGUGGAGGAGAACUUUGACGUGGAGGUCUUUGCCGAGAUGCUGGAGGCGUACAUUCCAGGAUUUGCGGAAAUUGACAGCGUCAAAGUCUGCGAAAUGAUGUUCAGCCUGGCGUCUACGCUCGCCACAGCGAGAACCUCAGCGGAUGGAGGAAACGGCGCGCCAAAGUCAGAGGACAGCUCACCCAAACUCACCUCAGACCCACCAAGCGGCCCUCCACCCGGCAGUGACAUGCAGUGCCUACAAACACAGACAGAGGGCGCCACAGCCAAGCUGCCGGCGUCGGAGUGGGAAUCUCAGGAGCAGCACCUCCUGGAGAUGUUCCCCAAGUGCAGCUUGUCCGAGACCCGCAGCGCCCUGUCUAUUGCCAAAGGAGACAUGGAGGAAGCUGUUCGCCUUAUCAUCGAGGGAGAUGUCCAACUCAGCCCCUCUCCACUUAACGUCAAUCAAGGGAAGAAUAUCUCCUCAGUGGCAGACCAGAAACUGAAAGAAAGCAUCUUGGAGAAGUACAUGCUGGUGGACCGGGAGGAGGACAAGAAAACCCAUCGACCCGUCGCCCCCAAAGACGCUCCCAAAAAGCUUGUCCGUUACCACGGCAACCAGGUGGUGACCACCAAGGGCGAACGCUACCAGGUGGUGAAGAAGAACGAGACGGACGAUAUGAAGAAGACGUACGUCAACCUCAAGCCGGCUCGGAAAUAUCGAUUUCAUUGAUGACGAGCGAAAACGCUAGCGAGUAUUGUGACUCAUCUCGUUUACGUCUUGUCUUUUUUUUUUUUUUGGUCUGGACUAAAGGACGCGAGUGAGUUUGGAGCUUAUUUUCUCAAAUGUAUUCAAUUCAUCCAUGUAUUAUUAUUAUUAUUAUUAUUAUUAUGACUUUGUGUUACAUUUCUGAUGUUAUUUUGUAUUGUCACAAACUUCCAUGGAUUCAUGUGUUAAAUGAAUUCUAGUGGUGCUUUAUAGUUGCUGUUUUUAAGUCUCACCUGCUUGUACAUAUGAUAUCAAUGUUUUACUUAUUUCAUCUUGUGUUGAGAUCUUCGAGUUUGAUUCUUCUGUGAUGGAGUCCCGCCAGAGAACGCGCUUUCUUUUCACAGCACACGGCGGUUUGAGACCGGAUGGUUUAUUUAUUACAGCUUUUCUAUGACCGCAUAUAAAGGACAUUCAUGUAAGCCUGACCCCCUUCCAAAAAGUACCAUUUUUAUCACGUAUUUAUGAUAUCAUGCUUGAAAUAGCAGUCUCGGGUAUGUGCUGUGACCAAGUGGUCCUCAUUGGGUCAUUCAUUUGUAUUUUUGGCUGAAUUAUUUUGGUGUGAUUGGUCAUUUUUAUUCCUAAGAUAUGUAUAUAUUUUUAUUUGAUAUUUUGGAGUGCACUGUAGGCCGUCAUGCUGGAGAUGUAUUGUUACUUUGACCCGAUAUAACGGUGUUACUGUAAA